CUAUACUAAUCUAAUGCAAACACAACCAGACGCGAUUGUAUUCUGGGAAAACCCUGUCCUGAGUCGUACAACCUGGUUGGGUAUUGGAGACCACGGCGGCCGAAUCGAUGUUUCCAUGCACCGUGCCGCUGCGCGAGGCGACGUGGCCGAACUUUGCCGCUUGCUCGAUACUGGACACGACAUCGACACUCGCUGCGAGAGGGAUAAUUCCGCCCUCCACUACGCAAUCAUAGCAAACAAUCCGGAAGCCGUGCGAUUUCUCCUUACGCGCGGAGCGAACCCAAAUCUGCGCGGUCUAGGAGGUUCCGACGGCCGUGAUGGCGACGAUGCUGCGCUUUGCGCCACGCGCUUCGAAAGGGUUGCGGUCAUGGAAGUGCUCAUUGCGUGCAAAGUAGGUAUUUCCUGUGAUGCCCUUUACUUCGCGGUAGUCAGUGAGAAUAUGGACAUGGUCCGACUGCUGGUUGGAACGAUGAGCUACGACUUUACAGAUGCGUCCAGAGUACAGGCGUUUGAACGCAUACUGCCUGCAGCCGUGCACACCUGGUCCUUAGAAAUGGUGCAAUACCUGAUGAAGAAGCUGGAUUACGAUGAAAAUACGAUUGAUACCAAUAAGCGGAGUGUUUUGGAUGCGGCGCUGCUGGCUGUUUUCCAGCAAGAGGACGUGCACGACCAAUUGAUGGAGACGGAGGCUGGAAAGGACUGGAACGUCGCGAUGCAUAUCAUUCAGAUACUAGUCGCCGCCGGGGCAUCCGUCAAUGCUGUUGACCCGUGGAGCGUACGCACACCGCUGUACUUCGCUGUGCAGCUACAAUACCCGCCUCCAGAGUUGAUCGACUAUCUGCUCGGACAAGGCGCUGACGUCAGUGUACCAAAUUGGAUGGGGCGGACUCCGCUCUUCCAAGUCCUGAUCCGCCCAGAUGCCACCGAAGAGAUGGUGUAUCGCUUCCAGCGUCUAGGCGGGAGUCUGGAAGUUAUAGACGACGCCGAGAACACGCCUUUACACGCAGUGACAAGGCCCGAGAUCGUGAGCUUGUUACUUACUUCUGGCGCCAAUACGGCCUCGAGGAACAAGUAUGGCCAGACCCCUCUUCACACAGCAAGUUCUGCCGGGCGCACUGGUGUGGUUUCAAAACUCCUUGAUCAUGGCGCAGACCUGGAAGCAAAAGAUGGAAGUGGAGCGACUCCUUUACUCAGUGCCUCAACUUACCGAACGUAUACUCAGUUUUUGGGAAAUGAGGAACAGACUAUCAAUUGCCUGCUGGAACGCGGAGCAGACAUGAGCGCUGUGAAUGGAGACGGUCAAAGCGCAGCUAAACUGAUCGAUAUCAAAGGCUAUUACAUCGAUGAGACAGGCAAGCUUGGGCUGAAAGCAGGACAUGACGCUAAAGAAGCGCGAGAUGUUUCCAACGAGAACAACGUAGCGUAUUUAUGGUGAUCAAGGUCUACUGUGGCCUCUGGGGAGGCGACGAGUUGACUGGGACUGAUCUUUAAUGUUCACGGUAAGUGCUUUCUUAUAGGUUGCUGAUUGGUGCAUGGGUCAUAACGGGU